CCAUACUUUCAUUUUGUAAUCUCGCUGUCAACAUAUCUGUCAAACUCUUUCGGGGAUAAUGUAAUGCCAAUCACCAAACAAGAAAAUAGAAGAACCUUUAAUAUGGCUGAUGGAUUCGACAUUAUACGCUGUUCUUAAAUUCUAGUUUCAGGAAGAUUUAUUGUUCAAAGAUGAAGAACUUCGAAAUUUCGAUUGAUCACAAGCAUUGACAACUUUCUUGGAAAAGGUGUAUUCCUACAGGAAUUAGGUGUAAGCAUGCCCGAUGCCAUCCAACCCCAGUCGUUCAGUCAUUUAGCGAAGAAGCUUCUAGCCGGAGGUGCUGCAGGUUGCUGUGCUAAAACUGCAGUUGCUCCUCUGGAUAGAAUUAAAAUCCUGCUGCAGGGUCAUAAUCACCAUUACAAACAUUUAGGUGUAGUUUCAUCAUUACGACAAGUCAAGAACAAAGAAGGCUUUUUCAGCUUGUACAAGGGGAAUGGCGUUCACAUGCUCAGGGUGUUUCCAUAUGCUGCUAUACAAUUCACUUCAUUUGAUAUCUUCUACAAGGGACUGAGAAAUCUAUAUGGGGAUGACCACAUCCAUCUAAUACGAUUGACAGCUGGCGCUGUGGCAGGUCCAACAGCAGUACUGUUCACGUAUCCAUUGGACUUUGUGCGGGCUAGACUAGCAUUCCAAGUGUCUGGGGAGCAUAUCUACACAGGUUUAGUGGAUGCCCUCCGGUCAAUAACAUCUCAAGAGGGCGGAGUCCGGGCCCUGUAUCGUGGCAUUGUGCCCUCAUUACUUGGCAUGGUGCCCUAUGCUGGAACUUCUUUCUACAGUUUUGAGACAUUAAAAGAUUUAAGCUUAAAGAAUUUCCCUGACUAUGUAGCCCGCCCUAGUUCCACAAAUCCUGACAAGCUUGUGUUAAUUAUGCCAGCCAAAGUUGUUUUUGGAGGAAUUGCCGGAGCUAUGGGACAAACUUUGGCGUAUCCGCUGGAUGUCGUUAGAAGAAGAGUCCAAUUGGCAAGAAUGCUACCAGAUUCCGACAAGUAUCGGAGGAGGUGGUACCAGAUACUCAUUAUGAUAUACAAGGAAGACGGUGUGCCUCGGGGACUAUACCGUGGAAUGAGCAUAAACUAUUUGAGAGGUGCACCAAUGUAUGCAGUGUCCUUCACGAUGAACGAAAUAUUGAAAGAGAUGUUUGGGCUGGACACAAGUUCUUGACGAGAAGACAGUAUUCAUUUUCCAUAUUUGUAUUUGUUAGGAUAGCUGCUAGUUCUAGUUGUGUGUCUUAAGAACUCAUUUUACUUUGUGAAUUUUAUAGUUAAAGUUUUACUUGACUUGAGAAAUGAGGUACAUAAUGCAGUUUGCUUUUGGUCCACGUAAAUGUAGACCAAUUUUCUCUUUGUGAUAGCGUAAUUUGUGCAAUGUGUGAUGUACCAGACUGCGGUUAGUAUGUCAGUAUAUUUUGAUACUAUGUGUUUUAUGGGGGAUUUUCUUCGAAACAGCAUUCAGACCAAAACUUAUUCAGCAUCUACUUACAGAUAUGUCUUUUGUAUGUAAUCUUGUCUCAUACAAAAUUUGGCAUUCUUUCAACAGAACCAAGUUUCACAAAUGUUCUUGAAGUUUUUCUAUUGGAAAGAAAAUCUUGACUUAAGGAAAUUCACCGAACUCAAGAUUUUCCCCUGACUUCAGAAAUGCUUUCUAAUAGCUCAACUCAAUUUAAGAAUAUUUUGAAGUUAAGGAACAUUCCUGAAACUUGGGCCUGAUCCCAGUUGUAUUAACUAGGAGUUAUCUCAACAUUGACCAGCUUUAAACAGGUUUACAAGUGGAAGACUCAUUACUGGCUUACUGGUUUUGCCAGUCCGGCUCGUAAGGGCUAUAGAAUAAAUUUCAAAUAGGAUUUUUGUGGGGAAAAAAUCAGUUUCAAAUUUUGAAAUUGGUUAGAAUGCCAUGAAGCUUGAUUGAUGUACAUGGACCAGCGAUUUAUGAAAAGAAUCAUUCAAAGAAAUCCAAUUUUUACUAUCACAACAGUUAUCAAAGUUUUUAAACAUUUUUUUAAUUGACCAGUUCUUGGAUUUUGUGUGAUCUGCAAUAUUCCUCAGUAUUGUUAUUCACUUUAUUGCAUGAAUUAUGCCCGUAGGUUGAUAUUCUCGAAUACUUGAGUUAAAAAUUAAGCAGAUGCUAUCAGAUGUUAAUAUUCAGGAAUAAGUUUGUUUGCACUUAUUCCUGGAUUUUUACUCGCUACCAGUGUGAACUCUGUAGUGGUAUCCACGGUACUAUCGACCAAGAAAUCUCUCAUUCACCCCUGAAGACACAUUUUGAACUCCAUCAAUUCAAAGGUUGGAAUAGUUCAUAAUGAAAUUUUAGGGGUGAAAGAGUUAAGUCAGUUAAGGUAUCCCUUUGCUACUUAAAAGUAAAACCAAGUAAUAAAAAUGAAACAAAUUGAAACUCUUCUUCAUUGGAGGUACAGCACAAGGCACUAAGAUUCUCUGCCUUAAAUAGGUACAGCACAAGGCACUAAGAUUCUCUACCUUAAAUAAUUCAAAAUUACCCAUACCACAGCAACCAUGUAUGUUGUUUUUCAUUUUGUUAAUGAGGACAGUUCAAAUCUAUUCCAUCAUUGCAAAAUGUUUGAAAUCAAAUACCAAUUUUGACAGUAUUUUGAUGAUUUCAUUAUCCAGACAUAUUGCCAUUCAACCAUGUUUGUAUGAUUACUACCAUAGCUUUACAAAGAUCGGGUCAUAGUCAGAAACAUUUGGGCGAGUACCAUAAAGCUGUUUAAGAGUAUGUAAUUUUAUUAGAUACUUGUUAUAUUUUUUUUGUAUUUUUUUUGUUUUUAAAUUUUAUUCUUAAUAUUUGGCCUAAAAAUGUGUUUCCCAUGACUUUUAGUGGGAAAGGAAAGUGUCCUGACAAACACUGCUUCAUUGGAAUAUUGUCAAUAAGGACAUUAAUGAUACAACACAGAAAAAGAGAUUGAAAGCAGUCUAUGGGUCAUUAUGCACUAAAUCUCUUUAGCGCCAGACACUUUUAAUCUGUGCAAACAUUUUAUAUACUCCAGUGAUUUUAGUACCAGUGUGACUGUGGUGGAUGUGUUGUUAUAUUUUGCUUUAGUUCACAUGGAGGGUGAAUGACCAAUUUUGUUAUCUUGUAAAAAACUUCCAUACAAAAUACAUUUAUAAAUUUUUGAUAGAUCUAAUGAGUAGUGAUAAUUUGUGUAUGUAAUUAAUAGUCAUAAUUGAAUACAUCAGAUGAAUUAAGGUCAAGAUUGCUAUCAGAUUAAUGAUUGGGCUUAUUGGCAUGAUUAUGUAUGUUUAUUGAAUUGGCCAGCCUUCCGGACGCUAAUCUAUAGGCAUCGCGUCGUGCUUAUUUUCUACAGGUGUAUUCCAUAGUUUAUGAAACAUAACUUUGUGAUGCAGUUCAAAGAAUUGGAACCAGAAAUGAACGAAUAUGAAAAACAGGAAUUCCAUGGGGUCGAAAUUAGGACCUAUCCACCACCAAUCCACCAAUCCACCACCAAUCCAAUACAUUACCAAUGUUGCUAUCCAGGAAUUUCAAAUGAAUAGUAGCAAAAUGAAAAACGAAAGUUAAAAGUUAUUCUCUUGGAAAGGUAGUUUUAUCGUCAAUAUAAUGGCGAAUACUCUAGCAUAUCUGAAGUGGAAAUCAUAAAAUGUAACUGAUGCAGUGUAAAACUUUCGCUUAGCAUUGAAGUUGUUCUAACAAGGGUCGAUGGAUGAAUUUAAAUUCAUGACCUAUAACUAAUAUAAUAUAAUGUCAAAAAUAGGAGUGUUAAAAUGUAAGGUUGGAUACAUAUAAAUGUGUUUAAAGUACGGUAUAUUUUAUUGAAGUGUUUUUAAAAAACGAUUGUAGUGUUGAAUGAUUUUGUGAGUGAUAGCGUUAUUAAUAUAUAUGGAAUGUCACUGUAAAACAUUCCUAACCCCAUAUGUAUUUAGUUUGUCAAUGAAUUUUUGUUUGAUUUUUAACAAUUUUGCUUUAUAUAUAUUAUAGUUGCAUUAUUAACAAUGUUGAAUUUGUUUUAUUAUUUUACAUAUAUAUGUAAAGCUGUGUGUGGUAGGCCUUGAAUUGCUUACUGUUUUAAUUGGCAAAUUUAUUUUUAAGCUAACUGCCCCUCAAUUCGGAAAUAGGUUCUACACCUACAUGCACCUCCAAUUUUAAUGCCCAUCUUUAAAAUUCAUUGUUGGUAACACACACAUUAAAGCAAGAAAAAAAUGGCAGUUUUUUGUAAUUUAAACCAUAUUCAGCUCUUGUACUAUACAUGUUCCAUUUUGUAGGGACAGAUUUUGUUGUGAUAUGUUCAACCUUUGCCCAUGAAAUCAAUUUUCGCCCAGUGUUAAAUUCACCAUUCACAUUUAAUUGCUGUGUAUAUUAUAUUGUUUGAUUAUAUUCGCUGUAAUGAUAAAUUCGCCAACAUGACCGAGGGCGACCAAGGCAAAAGUCAAACUGCAGUGAAAAUUUCCCGGUAAACAGUAAGGUGUUCAUUACACAUGUAUGAUACAAUACCAAGAUAUAUAGCAGGUUUUGAUUGGCCAAGAAAUGACUGUUUUUGCAUGAUAUACAGCAGCCUCUAAUUGGUCGUAAUUAUUAAAAUUCAAAGUACCAUCUUUUGGGUAAAGCAAAGUGCACUGAAAAAUGU